GGUCCGCAAGUUCGGAUUGGAAUCUCUUUUCCAUAAUACCACUUUACCGUUACAGAAGCUUGGUCCGCAAGUUCGGAUUGGAAUCUCUUUCCCAUAAUACCACUUUACCGUUACAGAAGCUUGGUCCGCAAGUUCGGAUUGGAAUCUCUUUCCCAUAAUACCACUUUACCGUUACAGAAGCUUGGUCCGCAAGUUCGGAUUGGAAUCUCUUUCUCAUAAUACUCCUCUACCCUUUUUAUAUACCUCCUAUUGCUACCCAAACUCCAACCCUUCUUAUUGUUAUUGAAGAUCUCUCUCUCUCUCUCUCUCUCUGCUCACUGAAAACACGCUCUCUUUGGUGCGUCGGCCUCUCUCGCUCUCUCAGUGCGCGGCUCCUCUCACUGUCUCAGGUUUGCUUGACCGCCUAUGGAACUCCAAGUUUUGCUAGGGUUUUAUUUGCUUAGGUUUUUACAUUUAGGGUUUGCUUGUCCUGUGAUAUUUUCUAUCUGCAAUAAACUUGCUGAAACGCCGAACCUCUUGAGGAUUUCGAUCAAGUCUAAGACCCAUGAUUGUGCGCCGUUAACAGAUCUCCGGCUGAAUUUUGGGUUUUCUUCUCGGGUUUCCACAAUGUUCUUGGGUUAGAUCUGAAUUUAGGGAAAAAUUAGUCAGUUAUUAUCGAUUAAAUUCAGGGUAUACUUUUAUGGGGUUUGGGGUUUUCUAGAUAUGUAAGGUUUACGCUGUCUGUUUGAUCGGAGCUUCGAAAUUUUUGAUGAAGGGUUUGAUGACAUCUGGGAAAUUAAGCCCUAAAACUUGAAAUGGAUCAAUUAGGGCUUUAUCUUUGAUUGGACUUUGGAGAAAAUUUUCAGCUCAAGGAUUUGUUUAAGCUCGGGAUAUCAAACCCUAAGCGUGAAAUUAUGAAGGAUAUUGGGUUUAAUUUCUUCAAUAAUAUCUUUAGAGUUUGCUUAAUUUGGUGAGUGCGGAUUUGAAGAGUUUUACCGAACUUAAGGCUGCUGAUUGUUUUUGAUCUUCUGCGGAGGACUUCUAUUUGAAUCAGUUUGCUCAGCCUGCUGAUUGUAUUGGAUCUUCUGCCAUGGAAGAGACAUAUUUGUUUUGUUUUGAAUCGCAACUAUGUGGAUCAGUUUGUUCAUUCUUUCGUUUCAUGUAUUUUUGUUUCAUAGAUGGACGUCAAGACAGCUAGAAAGCCUUCUGUUUUUGAUCGCCUGGGAAGAAGACCUUCAGAUAUUUCUCACUACAAAUCUGUUUGCAUCUUCUGGCGUAAUGGUAAAUGCCUCAGGAACCCAUGUAGGUUCCUUCACAGUGAACGACCAGUCACAUGUGCAAAGAAAGGGUCCUACAGGGAGUCAUCUAAUCAGCAGGAUCUCCCUACGAAGAACUCCAAUUAUAUUAGGACCAAGAACAAAAGGGUUUUGAAAAGGUCCUUGGUAACUACUGUUGAAAAUUCCGGAGAAGAUGCUGGUUCUAAAGACUGCAAAAGGGGAACUUCUAAGAACUUAGCUUUGAAGAAUGAGGAGAGUGGUUCCAGCAGUACAGAAGGUGUUAUGAAAUCUGAAGAUGUUUGUAAGCAAAAUGUUUGUCAAUCCUGGGUGCAUGGCAACCGCAUUGAUGGCGAUAAGUGUCAGUCUCUGCAUUCCUGGUUUCAUGCGGAUGGGUUAUCAAUCUUGGCUCGGCUUCAAGGGCACACAAAGGCUGUCACAGGGAUUGCACUUCCUGAAAAAAGCAACAAGCUUUACACAGGCAGCAGUGACAGAACAGUUCGGAUUUGGGAUUGUCAUACAGGACAGUGUGCUCGAGUCAUUGAACUUGGUGCCGACAUAGGAUCAAUGAUUAGUAAAGCUAUUUGGGUGUUCAUUGGCAUGCCAAAUGUUGUUAAGGCACUGAACACUGAGUCAGGUGCCGAAUACGAUUUCAAUGGACCGAUUGGUCAAGUCUACGCCAUGGCAACAACUGAUGAUAUUAUGCUUUUUGCUGGAGGCCAGGAUGGUGUUAUUUUAGCGUGGAAGUGCACUACUGAAACUAAUUCCCCUUUCCAACCCAUCGCAUCUCUUAAAGGACACACAUCAGACGUAGUAUCUUUAACUAUUGGAUGCAAGUGGUUGUAUUCAGGUUCUAAGGGCCACACAAUAAGGGUUUGGGAUCAUAAAACUUUAGAGUGUGUUAUGACACUGGAUGGUCAUACUGAUACUGUGACGUCUCUUAUUUGCUGGGAUAAUUAUUUGUUAUCCGGUUCUUUGGACUGCACAAUAAAAGCUUGGGCUCUAAAUGAAAGGGGUCACUUGGAAGCAAUCUAUACACACAGUGAAGAACACGGUGUUGUUGCUUUCUGCGGGAUGAAGGAUGGGAAUGACAAACCAAUCUUGUAUUGCUCUUGCAAUAACAAUUCUGUCCAGUUGUAUGAAAUGCCAUCAUUCAAUGAUGGGGGCAGAUUAUUUGCAAAACAAGAAGUUAAAGUUAUUCUACAAGGUCCAAAGGGACUCGGACUUCUUUUUACUGGGGAUCAAACUGGUUUGGUAACGGCGUGGAGGUGGUUACCAAAAUCCAAGGCAUCAUCACCCCCUGAAGGAGUAGCAGAUGCACAAAGUUAAAUGUACAUUUGCUUUGUCUUUUUGUUUGAACAGUUACUCAUUAGUUGAUUAAAUGUACAAAAUUUUGUAAUAACUCUUUUACGAUGUAUUAUAUAAUAGAAAAGAAUGAUUCACAUGAGGAAUAUAAUAUAAUAGAAUUGUAUUUUUCUUCUA